CAUUCUUCGUGCGCCGUUGCCUCCGUCACAUUAAUAAGAGAAGGAGGAAGUGAAAACAGCAGCGAGGAGGAAGCUCGAAGAGAAGUUCGCUCGACUGUCACUCGGACGCUGCCAGCCCAGUUCGUCUCCACGCAGCACAUCAUGGCUCAAGCAGACAUUGCACUGAUCGGUCUGGCCGUCAUGGGUCAGAACCUCAUCAUGAACAUGAACGACCACGGCUUUGUGGUCUGCGCCUACAACCGGACGGUGUCCAAGGUGCACGACUUCCUGAAGAACGAGGCCAAAGGCUCGAAGGUGGUCGGAGCCGAGUCCCUGGAGGACAUGGUGUCGAAGCUGAAGAAGCCCAGGAGGAUCAUUCUGCUGGUGAAGGCUGGGCAGGCGGUGGACGACUUCAUCGACAAACUGGUUCCUCUUCUUGAGGCGGGCGACAUCAUUAUCGACGGUGGCAACUCAGAAUAUAGAGACACGACACGGCGGUGCAAGAGCCUGAAGGAGAAGGGCCUGCUCUUCGUCGGCAGUGGAGUGAGCGGUGGAGAGGACGGGGCACGUUACGGACCUUCACUUAUGCCUGGAGGUCACAAAGAGGCCUGGCCGUACAUUAAAGACAUCUUCCAGAGCAUCGCUGCCAAGGUGGGAACAGGGGAGCCUUGUUGCGACUGGGUCGGAGAUGAAGGCGCCGGGCACUUUGUUAAAAUGGUCCAUAAUGGCAUCGAGUACGGAGACAUGCAGCUCAUCUGUGAGGCCUAUCACCUAAUGAAGGAUGUUCUGGGCAUGGACCAUGAUGAGAUGGCAAAGGCUUUUGACAGCUGGAACAAGACCGAGUUGGACUCCUUCCUGAUUGAAAUCACUGCCGACAUCCUCAAAUACAGGGACUCUGACAGUUCACAUCUGUUGCCCAAGAUCCGCGACAGCGCAGGACAGAAGGGCACGGGGAAGUGGACGGCGAUCUCAGCCCUGGAGUACGGCACACCCGUUACCCUGAUCGGCGAGGCUGUCUUUGCCAGAUGUCUGUCCUCUCUGAAGGAUGAGCGAGUGGAGGCCAGUCGCAGUCUUCCAGGGCCACAGGGGGUCAAAUUCAGCGGCAACAAGGCUGCCUUCCUGGAGGACAUCAGGAAGGCCCUUUAUGCCUCCAAGAUCAUUUCCUACGCACAGGGCUUCAUGCUGCUGCGCCAGGCAGCCAAAGAGUUCGGCUGGUCCCUCAACUACGGCGGCAUCGCUCUGAUGUGGAGAGGAGGCUGCAUCAUUCGAAGCGUUUUCCUGGGUAAAAUCAAAGAGGCCUUUGACAGGGAUGCGGAACUGCAGAACCUGUUGUUGGACAACUUCUUUAAGAACGCCGUGAAGGACUGUCAGGAGUCGUGGCGCAGAACAGUCAGCACCGGAGUCCAGCAUGGCAUCCCCAUGCCCUGUUUCACCACGGCGCUGUCCUUCUACGACGGCUACAGACAUGAGAAGCUACCAGCCAACCUGCUCCAGGCACAGAGGGAUUACUUUGGAGCCCACACAUAUGAACUCCUGUCAAACCCUGGACAUUUUAUCCACACCAACUGGACGGGCCACGGGGGAAACAUCUCCUCUUCAUCCUACAACGCUUAAACAUUUGUCACUGAAACGUAGAGAUGGGAAACCCGUCUGAGAAGAGGACAUGUUACACAUUUCACUUUAUAACCACACAUUUAUAACCCCUAUCCACACCAGCAAUCACCAGAGAAUAAAUUUGAUCCCUUUUAGAUUGAUUAAAGUACAAUCAUACUGUUAUGUAGUAACAACUUUUCUCAGUCACAACAAAGGACCCGUGCAGUAAUGUUAGGCUUUGGGUUUACGGUGUUAGCGCUGGAUUAAGUUGAACCGUUGCACUGAGCUAAAUAAAGAUCUCAAUCCCUUUAUAA